GUAGCUUGUGCUGCUGCGCCAACCUACCACCCCGUCGUUUCUCCACCAGCGCACAGCGCCAUAUUCGCACUGCAGACUUUUGGUUCAGUUGCAGCAAACUGUUUGCCACUGUCGCACGGGUGCCGCCAAAUAAAUAUUUUUUUUGAGAUCAAACUAGCAAAAAACUGUUACAUUGUAGCAACCAGACUCACGGAUAAAAAUAUACGUCGAUUUAUGGUUACAGUGUAAAGCUAUUGUAUCACUCUCUUCAGAACCAGUGUCGAUACAACACCGGACGGACGAAUUUCAAACAUGGGCACAUUUUCGGCAUGGUCGAUCUUUCUGGUGGUCUCGCUGCUAGCUGUGAAAGUCCUGUCCCAGGAUUUUGGUGACUUAGACCUGUCUGAUGCCUUGGAUGACGGCGAUGUCACUAAAGCACCAGCAGCAGCCACACCGAAACCCAAACCGGUUCCAUCGGGAGCAGACCUGGACCUGUCAGACUUCUUUGGAGAGGGGGACAAGAUUACCACCACCAAAGCUCCUUCUAAGGUUCCUCCUAAAGUCCCAGCAACCAAGGCCCCGCUCAAACCCAAACCCAAACCAGAUGACACCCAGGCUGAUUUUGACUUUGGGCCCGGCCUCCGCCCGGGCCUGCUCCCACGCGCCACCAAGGGCCCCCGUAACCCACCUAGGCCCCAGCCCGCAGGUGAUGAGUUUGACCUGAGUGAUGCUCUGGACCCCAAAAACGACAUUGGAGGGAAGGACAAGAACAAGGGACAAGCAGAUAAAGGUAUCGGAGGCGGGGGCAAGGGUGCCGGAGCUUCCAACAACAGAGGGGGGAAUGGGGGUGGAUCCUUCUCGGACGAUGAUCUGCUUGACGUUGGAAAAGACAACACCUAUAAACCCGACAAAGGGAAAGGUGGACGUAAUGGUGGCCCAUCCACUGCUGAUGACAACAACUAUGACACCAUGGCGGAGACCGGAACCAUCGCAGGGAUCGUCAGUGCCGUUGGCGUGGCGCUGGUUGGCGCGGUUACGAGCUACAUCUCCUACCAGAAGAAGAAGUUCUGCUUCAGCAUACAACAGAGCCUGAAUGCAGAACUGGUGAAGACUGAUAACCCGGACGCUGUGGUGGCCACAGAACCACAAGUUCAACAGACUCUUCUGGAACCCCCCAAUGCUGAGCCCCCUAGUGAGGAGAACGCUGUCUAACACCCCCCCCCCCCCCCCCCCC